AGAGAAGAAAAAUGUUAAAAGCUACAGAUGAAGGUUUACUGACUUACGAGGAAGGAGAAGCGAGGCCCAUCAAGAGGAGGCUGUUACUUAACUUUGCUGCAAUAUGUAUCAUGUGGAUAUUUUCUUUCACGGCCUACUCUGGACUGCAGAAUUUAGAGUCCAGUCUAAAUCCAGGUGUAGGUGUAUACUCACUGGCCGCUCUGACGGGCGGGGGACUCAUCUCGUGCCUUUUAGCUCCGGUUAUUAUUAGUUAUAUUGGUAGUAAAGGAGCUUUGGUGGUUUCAUGGAUUGCUCUGUGUAUCUAUGUGGGUGCAAAUUAUUAUCCCGCGGGGUACGUCCUCAUCCCAGGAGCGGGGAUAGAGGGUCUGGCCACAGGACUCAUGUGGACCGCGCAAGGUGCUCUGGUGACCUCCAUUGCGAUGGAAUAUGCGAAAAUAACAGAGGGAAGCUUCGAUCAUAUCCUGAGUAAAUUCUUUGGCAUCUUCUGUGCAGCGUUUCAGAGUACACAGAUUUGGGGCAAUCUCAUAUCCUCUUUGGUUCUCGUCAAUGAAAACAGUUCCUUAAAUGUAACAACUCCUGAUUAUUGUGGAAGAAAUUUCUGCCCGAUAACAAUAAAGCCGGAAACUAAAAACACUACAAAAGCAGGAAUACAUCCUGAGAGUAAAAUAGAAAUCAUUCUCCUCAGUGUGUACAUGGGUUUCUCUGCAGUUGGUUUGGUUGUUACCAUCAUCAUGCUCAGGCCAAUGAAGCAGGAGUCCAAUGGCCCGACCGAGUCCUUCAGAUCGAAGCUCGUCUCCACUGUUCGUCUGCUCGUCACUAACUCCAAUAUGGCGAUGCUGGUGCCGUUCUAUCUUUGGACUGGCCUGGAACAAACGAUAGUGUAUGCUGAAUUUACUAUGGCUUAUGUGACGUGUGAGAUAGGUAUCGAAUGGAUAGGAUACACCAUGAUAUGCUUUGGGGUCACCAACACUAUUGGCUCUCCAAUUAGUGGCUUUCUAAGUAAACAUGUGGGCAGACCCACCCUGUUUAUCAUUGCCACUGCUCUGAACAUUGGUGCCCUCAUUGCUAUGGAACUUUGGCAUCUGGCCAGAAAACAAUUAAUUAUAUUCUUUGUUAUUCCGGGUAUAUGGGGACUUGCGGAUUCUAUAUGGCAAACACAAAGUGCAGCUUUGGUUGGUUUGGCAUUCUCCGACAAGCAGGAACCGGCCUUUUCCAAUCUCCGUAUGUUCCAGGCGCUGGGUUUUACAAUAGGGUACCUGUAUAGCAACCACCUUUGUGAAUAUCUAAAACUGUACAUCGCCGGGGGAGAGCUCGUUCUGUCUAUGAUCCUGGUGUUCAUCGUGGAAUUCAGACUCAGAAGAAACUCUCCAAAGACUGUGAAUUUAGUCAUUUAAACGAAUUUAUUUAAAUAAACACGAUUGUACACU